CCUGUGCGACCGGCUCGAAGACAUGGCCCUCGACUCCAGACUCUACCGCGGCCUCAGCCCGUUUGAAACCUCCGCUUCUGCGCCCUCCCUGCGCGCUUCAGAACCCGCCGCUCUGAUGGCUCCCCAGCCCAUCGCCGACGAUGCCGGUCAUGUCAAAGUCGUCGUGCGUGUCCGAGAGUUUGUCGAGAGAGAGCGCGUCAAGGGAACACCCUGCAUCAUCCGAAUGAAUCCUGCCACCCAGGCGACCACUAUUCUCGCGCCCAUCACCGACUUCGAUUCUAACCCCUCCCGCCCGAACAACACUCGUAGGGCUUUCGAAGACAAGGAAUUCACCUUCGACAAGUCCUUCUGGUCUCACGACAAAGCGGAUCCCCAUUACGCUCACCAGGAGGAUGUUUACCGAUCGUUCGGAGAGGAGUUUCUCGACCACAACUUCGAUGGAUACCACACGUGCAUCUUUGCAUACGGUCAGACUGGAUCCGGGAAGAGCUACACCAUGAUGGGCACCGAAUCUCAGCCGGGUCUAAUACCCCGAACCUGCGAGGAGCUUUUUGAUCGCAUUCAACAGGAUCCUUCGCCAAAUACGAACUACCACGUUCACGUUUCAUACUUCGAAGUCUACAACGAGCAUGUCCGCGAUCUUCUAGCGCCUCGCACCGCUCCGCCCAUGUAUUUGAAGAUUCGAGAGUCUCAGAGUGAUGGUGUUUACGUUCAAGGAUUGAACGAGGUGGAAGUCAAGAACUUCAGCGACGUUAGACAUCUUAUGGAUAUGGGCGACUCUACGCGAACAACCGCAGCUACGAAGAUGAAUGACACCUCGUCACGCUCUCACGCCGUCUUCACAAUUCAACUCAAGCAAAUUCAGCACUCCCUUCUCUCCGACGAGACCAUUGAGCGCUGCGCUCGCAUGCGUUUGGUCGAUCUCGCAGGCUCCGAGCGAGCGAAGAGCACCGAAGCAACCGGCCAACGUUUGAAGGAAGGUGGCCAGAUCAACAAGUCCCUCACCACCCUCGGCCGCGUCAUUGCCGCACUCGCCGACCGCGCAGCCGCCAAACGGGGACGCCGACCUAAAGAAGUUGUCCCAUUCCGCGAUAGUGUGCUCACAUGGUUGCUGAAAGACAGCUUGGGCGGCAACAGCAAGACGGCCAUGGUGGCCUGCAUCUCGCCUUGCGACUACGACGAAACCCUCUCCACUCUCCGCUAUGCCGACCAAGCCAAGCGCAUCCGCACCCGCGCUUCAGUUAACCAAGACUGCCUCUCCGCCGCCCAGCGCGACGCUCAGAUCACGGAAAUGGCCGAGCAGAUUCGCUCCCUCCAAGUCUCCGUCAACGCCGCCUCGGUCCGCAAGCGCGAAGAAGCCACGGAGCUCGAGGAAUACCAGAAGCAGGUCGGUCACAUGCAGCGCCUAAUGGAGGAGACGCGACAAGUCAGCGAAGCCCGCAUCCGCUCUUUGGCCUACGAAGUCGAGGAACUACGGCCGCAGAAUACUUCCCUAAGAAACGAAGUCGAAGCGCUGAGACGGCAUUUGUCGCUGGCGUUGGGCGAGCUCAAGAACCCGAUCAUCCUGCCGCCACCGCAGCCGGUGGAGAUGGAGUUUGAGAAUCUCCAGCCGGGGGAUUUCGAACAUGAGGAUGGGGAGAAAGAUAGAGGUAUCGAGGUCCUCGAUCAGGGCAGCGAGUCCGAAGGCGACAGCGACUAUGACUCCGACUCUGGGUACGAUGAGGAGUCUAAUACUAUGGCGGAGGAGCUGCAGGCGGAGAUGGAGGAGAUUUUGAAGGGCGUUGCGCUGUUCCGGAGGAAGGUCCAGGACGACCAUCUGCACUUCAACAGAAGAGCGAAGGAAACCUAUGCCUCCUAGGUGGGUACUGGGGGGAUUGGGUAUGUGGAUAUCGGAUGACGGAAAAGGUGCAUGAAGCGAUGGCGUUGGACUUGGUGCUUGGAGGAAUCUUUGGGGGGCUUCAUUGGCGUACUCUUGUUUUGAAGUAGUAAAUACCACACUUUACACUAUAGCAGCUGU